AGAAGGUCUAAACACACACACACACUGGACACACAAACAGCAAAAAAGAUGUCGGUUUUACUCGGCAGUUACUCGAUACCUUUACUUGGUAUCAGCAUCUUCCUGGCUACUCUGACCUAUAUCACCUACAAGCUGCUCAGCGAUUAUCUGCACAAAUGGUUUACAAUGAAGCCCAUUCCUCAGGCGGAGGGGACGUAUCUCUUUGUUGGAAAUGCACUGCAGUUCAAGCCCAAUGCAGGAGAUUUCUUUCGUCAAAUUGAGGAUUUCACCACCACAUUCUGGGAUGCACCUCUCUUUAAACUCUGGGUCGGACCCGUCCCAUUUGUAGUUCUGUUUCAUGCUGAAACUGUUGAGACAGUUCUGACCAACUCCAUUCAUAUGGACAAAGCCUAUGCCUACAGCUUUCUCCACCCUUGGCUUGGAACUGGCCUUCUUACCAGCACCGGCUCUAAGUGGCGUCAGCGGCGGAAGAUGUUGACUCCCACCUUCCACUUCUCCAUCCUGACGGACUUCUUGGAAGUGAUGAACGAGCAGGCAGAGAUCCUGGUGGAGAAGCUGGAGAAGAAGGUGGGUGAGGGUUCAUUUGACUGCUUCAGUCACGUGACCUUGUGUGCCCUGGACAUUAUCUGUGAAACUGCAAUGGGAAAGAAAGUGUACGCCCAGAGUAAUUCUGACUCAGUGUAUGUGAAGAGUGUGUACAAAAUGAGCGACAUUGUCAGCCGCAGACAGAGGACCCCUUGGUUCUGGCCCAACUUUGUGUACAACUACUUCGGUGAGGGCCGAGAGCACGACAGGACCCUCAAGGUCCUCCACUCCUUUACAUCCAAGGUGAUACAUGAAAGAACGGAGAACAUUUCCUACACUGAGUCAGAGAGCGACUCUGACCAGGGCCAGAAGAAGAGACGAGCCUUUCUGGACAUGCUCUUGAAGACCACAGAUGAGGAUGGAAACAGAAUGAGCCAUGAUGAUAUUCAGGAAGAAGUGGACACAUUUAUGUUUGAGGGACAUGACACCACAGCAGCCUCUAUGAACUGGGCCAUACAUCUGCUGGGCUCCCACCCGGAGGCGCAGAGGAAAGUUCACCAAGAGCUGCAGGAGGUGUUCGGUUCAUCCGACCGGCCCGUCAACAUGGAGGACCUGAAGAAGCUCAAAUACCUGGAGUGUGUGAUCAAGGAGGCCCUGCGACUGUUUCCCUCUGUGCCUUUCUUCGCCCGCAGCAUCGGUGAAGACUGCCAUAUCAAGGGUUUCAAGGUGCCCAAAGGUGCCAAUGCCAUCAUCAUCACGUAUGCUCUCCACCGUGACCCGCGGUACUUCCCUGACCCUGAAGAGUUCAGGCCUGAACGCUUCCUCCCUGAGAACUCAGUGGGAAGGCCUCCAUAUGCGUACAUCCCCUUCUCCGCUGGACUUCGCAACUGUAUCGGUCAGCGUUUUGCACUCAUGGAAGAGAAAGUGGUCUUGGCGUACGUUCUGCGUAACUUUAGUGUUGAAGCUUGUCAAACACGAGAAGACCUGCGGCCGGUCGGAGAGCUCAUCCUGCGACCAGAGAAGGGCAUCCGGAUCAAACUGGAGAAGAGGAAACCCCUGAGUUCAUCCAACUAGCACUUGUAGCUUUUUGUUAAAUUUAUAUUUGUUUAUUUUGUCCUUCCCAGUUCUAAAUUGGAGGACGCUUUGCUUCUAAAUAACUUUUGACGGGUCAGAGAGAGUAGUGACCUCUGUGUUUAGAUUUUAGAAUCUUCUCAUCAUUAUAGUCAACAUAAUUAGAAAAACUAAGCCUUCUAAUAAUAAAUUCUGAUCUUUUUUAUGACAUUGUUAGUUUUAGGGAAAUUACUGCAUGAUGCACUGUUCUGGCUCUGUAUAACUCUGCACUUUUGUUAUGCUUCAUGACAGCCAAAAAGCUAAAAACAGGAUUAAAUAAAAAGCAUUAUAAAACACAGAAUUUGCAGAGUAUGUUUGUGUUACGUUUUAUUGAAAUAACCUGGCCAUUUUAAAAUACAUUUUUGAUGAUUAAUUGGAUGAAAAUUAAAUGGGUUUAAGGUUGCAUG